AUGAAGAUUCUAGCUAAUAGGCUCAAGGGGUGUCUAGCGGAUCUUAUAAGCAUCAAUCAGUCUGCUUUUGUUCCUGGAAGGCAAAUUUCAGAUAAUAUUCUUCUGACGCAGGAGCUAAUGCACAAUUACCACCUUGAUAGAGGCCUUCCUCGAGCUGCUUUUAAGGUAGAUAUUCAAAAGGCCUAUGAUACUGUUGAUUGGAAUUUUCUCAGGUGUAUUCUCAAGGGUUUUGGCUUCCAUGAUCGUAUGAUCCAUUGGAUUAUGGAGUGUGUUUUGACUCCAUCUUACUCGAUUUGUAUUAAUGGUAUCACUCAUGGUUUCUUUCGUGGUAGAAGAGGUUUAAGACAAGGGGAUCCUUUAUCUCCUUAUCUUUUUACUCUUGAUAUGGAGAUUUUAACUCUGAUCUUAAAGCGUAGAGCUGAUAUUGCUUCUGUGAAGACUGUUAUGGAGUCUUUGGAUGAUUAUAAAUCGAUAUCUAGGUUAGCUCCUAGCUUGCCUAAAAGCACAGCUUUCUUUCGCAAUGUUCUUAAUCACGUGAAGCUAUCUAUCCUUAGCAUUCUGCCAUUUAAAGAGGGUAGACUUCCGGUGAAAUACCUUGGUGUUCCUUUGAUCUCCUCAAGACUUAUGCUACGAGAUUGUAAGAUUGGUAAUGGCAACAAUUGUUUUACGUGGUUUGAUAAUUGGAGUAGGCAUGGACCUAUAUAUGACAAACUCUCGCCCAGAUUGAUUGCUAAUGUAGGUUUUACUCUUAAUUCUAAAGUUUCGGAUAUUAUUGUUAAUGGUGAUUGGAGUUGGCCGAUUGAAUGGUGGACUAGAUUUUCGUACAUUAGCCCACCUGUUUUGGAUCCACUAAAACUUGAUGCUGUUAAAUGGAAGGACAGAAGUGGUAAUAUUUGUGAUUUCUCGGUUUCAAUAGCUUGGCAAGACCUUCGUCCUAGAGCGAAUAGGGUUUGGGAUUCUGUUCGCAUCAAAGCUCAAGUUCAAUGUUCUUCUUCUUUAUGGAACGAGAUUGUGGCUGAUGUAUUAUUGGUAGCUCAUCAAAGAAUGACGUAUUCAGUUGCUUUGAAAUUCUUAUUAGCGGCUUCGGUGUAUUUUAUUUGGCAAGAACGCAAUGCAAGAAUCUUCUCAAAUAGAAAACGAUCUGCUGUUGAACUAAUUGACGUGAUUAUUUCCAAUGUAAGAAUGAAGCUGCUCACAAUUCGGUUCAAGAAGACAGCAAGAGUGGAAGACUUAAGGAUUGCUUGGGAUCUUCCAUUGCUGACGAAUACCGAUCAAGAAGAUGUUGUUGUUAGUGAAAGGGGUUCUGGUUCCCAAGACCUUAGUCUUGGAUCUGAUAGUACUCCUAGAUCUUCUAGCGAGUCUGAUGCUUCCAGUCAGCCUAGGAGGAGGCAUAGGAGGCAUAAGGUUGAUGUUAAAGAUAUUAAGGUUCAGAUUAUGGAAAGAAUUAUGGAAAUUAAGGGGUAUGACGAUAGAAACGGUUUCAAGGUUGCUGUUAUGAAGCUGAGUAAGUAUGCAUCAGCUUGGUAUGAAAACAUGAAGGGUGAAAGAGAGUAUAAUGGUAAAAGCAAAGUCAAGACCUAG